UCUCCAAGCAGCCAAGUCUCGGCUGGAGCAAGCUACUCAAUACGAGAAAGCAGUUUUUGACGCUGUCAAUUGUUUGAUUUCUGAGAAUAGAGAUGAUGAUGUUGCUGUUGAGUUGCAUUCUAAGCUCUUGAAAAGUUUCCCUAAAGAUCUGGCCUCUCUGAAAAGGGCCCAAGUGCUCUGCUUCUACAUGGCUCGACCUGAUCUGUCAUUGGAUCUUGUUCAACAGGUUCUACCCAAUAAUGAACAAGAAAAUUACAUAUAUGGCAUGCUUUCUUUUCCUUUAUUGGAACUUGGCCGAAUGACAGAAGCUGAGAAAGCUGCAAAAAAGGGAUAUGAGAUCAACAAGCAAGACUGCUGGGUGCACCAUAACUUGUGCCAUGUUCUUCAGUAUGAUUGUCGUUUUAAAGAAGCAGUAGAGUUUAUGAAAGAGUGCUCAUCUUUAUGGGAUCCUUGUUCGUCAUUUAUGGUCACACACAAUUGGUGGCAUGUAGCUCUUUGUUAUUUAGAAGGCCAUUCUCCAAUCCAAACAAUCCUAAAUGUAUAUGACCAUUGUAUCUGGAAGGAGUUGGAGAACCCUGAUGCUGCAUGUCCAGAGGUGUACUUGAAUGCCCUUGGGUUGUUGUUACGGGUGCAUGUCCGAGGUGAAAUAGAUGCCUUUGAGGACCGUUUGAAGACCCUAGCAAAUUGCGUGACAGAUCAAGUAAGUUACAGAACAUGA